GGGGCGCGCGGCGCUGCGGAGCCCGGCCCUCCCGGCCCUCGCGACCCCUGCCCCCUCGGCUCCCGCCGCUUCCCCCGAGACACUGAGCGGCAGGGAGGGGCUCCCGGCCUGCGGUCCCGGCUGCCGGAAAGAUGGCGGACCCGGCGGAGUGCAACAUCAAAGUGAUGUGUCGCUUCAGACCUCUCAACGAGUCCGAGGUGAACCGCGGCGACAAGUAUGUCGCCAAGUUCCAAGGAGAAGACACGGUGAUGAUCGCGUCCAAGCCUUAUGCAUUUGAUCGUGUGUUCCAGUCAAGCACAUCUCAAGAGCAAGUAUACAAUGAUUGUGCAAAAAAGAUUGUUAAAGAUGUUCUUGAGGGCUAUAAUGGAACAAUAUUUGCAUAUGGGCAAACAUCAUCUGGGAAGACCCACACAAUGGAGGGUAAACUUCAUGAUCCAGAAGGUAUGGGGAUUAUUCCAAGAAUAGUGCAAGAUAUUUUUAAUUAUAUUUACUCAAUGGAUGAAAAUUUGGAAUUUCAUAUUAAGGUUUCGUAUUUUGAAAUAUAUUUGGAUAAGAUAAGGGACCUGUUAGAUGUUUCAAAGACCAACCUUUCAGUGCAUGAAGACAAAAACCGAGUUCCCUAUGUAAAGGGAUGCACAGAGCGUUUUGUAUGUAGUCCAGAUGAAGUUAUGGAUACCAUAGACGAAGGGAAAUCCAACAGACACGUAGCAGUUACAAAUAUGAAUGAACAUAGCUCUAGGAGUCACAGUAUUUUUCUCAUUAAUGUAAAACAAGAGAAUACACAAACGGAACAGAAACUGAGUGGAAAGCUUUAUCUGGUUGAUUUAGCUGGCAGUGAAAAGGUUAGUAAAACUGGAGCUGAAGGUGCAGUGCUGGAUGAAGCUAAGAACAUCAACAAGUCACUUUCUGCACUUGGAAAUGUCAUCUCUGCUUUGGCAGAGGGCAGUACCUAUGUUCCAUAUCGAGAUAGUAAAAUGACGAGAAUUCUUCAAGACUCAUUAGGUGGCAACUGUAGGACCACUAUUGUCAUUUGCUGCUCCCCGUCAUCAUACAAUGAGUCUGAAACAAAAUCAACUCUCCUCUUCGGUCAAAGAGCCAAAACAAUUAAGAACACAGUCUGUGUCAAUGUAGAGUUAACUGCAGAGCAGUGGAAAAAGAAGUAUGAAAAAGAAAAGGAAAAAAAUAAAACUCUACGGAACACCAUUCAGUGGCUUGAAAAUGAACUCAACCGGUGGCGUAAUGGGGAGACAGUGCCUGUUGAUGAGCAGUUUGACAAAGAGAAAGCCAAUUUGGAAGCUUUCACGGCAGAUAAAGAUGUCACUAUUACCAAUGAUAAACCAGCAGCUGCAAUCGGAGUGGCUGGCAAUUUUACAGAUGCAGAAAGAAGAAAGUGUGAAGAAGAAAUUGCUAAAUUGUAUAAGCAACUUGAUGACAAGGAUGAAGAGAUUAACCAACAAAGUCAACUGGUGGAGAAAUUGAAGACACAAAUGUUGGAUCAGGAAGAGCUUCUGGCAUCAACCAGAAGGGAUCAAGAUAAUAUGCAGGCGGAACUGAAUCGCCUCCAAGCAGAAAAUGACGCUUCUAAAGAAGAAGUCAAAGAGGUUCUACAGGCCCUAGAGGAACUGGCUGUUAACUAUGACCAGAAGUCUCAGGAAGUUGAAGAUAAAACUAAGGAAUAUGAAUUGCUUAGUGAUGAAUUGAAUCAAAAAUCUGCAACUUUAGCAAGUAUUGACGCUGAGCUUCAGAAACUGAAGGAAAUGACCAACCACCAGAAGAAACGAGCUGCUGAGAUGAUGGCGUCAUUAUUAAAAGACCUCGCAGAGAUAGGGAUCGCUGUGGGAAACAACGAUGUGAAGCAACCGGAGGGAACUGGUAUGAUAGAUGAAGAGUUCACUGUUGCAAGGCUCUACAUCAGCAAAAUGAAGUCAGAAGUAAAAACUAUGGUGAAGCGCUGCAAACAGCUAGAAAGCACACAGACUGAGAGCAACAAAAAAAUGGAAGAAAAUGAGAAGGAGUUAGCAGCAUGCCAGCUUCGUAUCUCCCAACACGAAGCCAAAAUCAAGUCAUUGACUGAAUACCUUCAAAAUGUAGAACAAAAGAAGAGACAGCUGGAGGAAUCUGUUGAUUCCCUUGGCGAGGAACUAGUCCAACUUCGAGCACAAGAGAAAGUCCAUGAAAUGGAAAAAGAGCACUUAAACAAGGUUCAGACUGCAAAUGAAGUUAAGCAAGCUGUUGAACAGCAGAUCCAGAGUCACAGAGAAACUCAUCAAAAACAAAUCAGUAGUUUGAGAGAUGAAGUUGAGGCAAAGGAAAAACUAAUCACUGAUCUCCAAGAUCAAAACCAGAAGAUGAUACUGGAGCAGGAGCGGCUCAGAGUGGAGCAUGAGAGGCUGAAGGCCACAGACCAGGAGAAGAGCAGGAAGCUGCACGAGCUCACGGUUAUGCAAGACAGACGAGAACAAGCGAGGCAAGACUUGAAGGGUUUGGAGGAGACAGUGGCAAAAGAGCUUCAGACUUUACACAACCUGCGCAAGCUCUUUGUUCAGGACCUGGCUACCAGAGUGAAAAAGAGUGCCGAGGUCGACUCUGAUGACACGGGUGGCAGUGCUGCACAGAAGCAGAAAAUCUCCUUCCUUGAAAACAAUCUUGAACAGCUCACCAAAGUACACAAACAGUUGGUUCGUGAUAAUGCAGACCUUCGCUGUGAACUUCCUAAGUUAGAGAAACGACUUAGAGCUACUGCUGAGAGAGUGAAAGCUUUGGAGUCAGCUCUGAAAGAAGCCAAAGAAAAUGCGUCUCGAGACCGCAAACGCUAUCAACAAGAAGUAGACCGGAUAAAGGAGGCCGUCAGGUCAAAGAACAUGGCCAGAAGAGGGCACUCUGCGCAGAUUGCAAAGCCUAUCCGUCCUGGACAGCAUCCAGCCGCCUCUCCAACCCACCCAGGCGCAGUCCGCGGAGGGGGCACAUUUAUUCAGAACAACCAGCCAGUGGCUCUGCGAGGUGGCGGAGGCAAGCAGGCGUAAACAUGGACACAUCGCAGGUGUUGAAAAGUAACUGAAGUGUGAAGAGGACAUAAAUCAAACAGUCUUUCAAUAACUAUAACCUCUGCCCCUCGGGAUUGUAGAAAUUGACAUUUUUGACGUGUAAAUUACUCCUAUCCUGUACAGCUGUUUCCUGCCCUACUCUUGUAAACUCUGCUGCUUCCCAAUACUAGAGUGCAAUGUUGAUGUCUGAGAAGGGAAAUGACAGUUUGCAACUGCGGCCCUAUUUAUUACACAGUUUGUCUUUCAUGUCUUCACUGUGCCGAGUAACUACAUUACAGGACUGUGCUCCGUGUGUCGGCCUUUCCCGUGUGCUUGAGUCUUGGUUUACAUUACCUAGCUGCUAUUGCUUUUCAUUUUCCUUUUUCUACUAAACUUCUUUCUUUCUUUCUUUCU